GCGAGACCGCGGCGGCCGGGCGAUAUUGCCGGAAGUGGUGCGCGGCCACACUUCCGGUGAGGUGUGCAACCGCCGGGGGCGGCCGGGGCGGCGAUCGGCGGGGGCUCGGCGGCGGCGGGGAUGGCGCUGUGGCUCCCGCGCUCCCGGGACUGCGGCCCUCCGCCGGAGGAGGACGAGGGGCGGCGGCCGGCCCCCGCCCCCCGUCAGCGCCUGCCGGAAGUGCAGACAUAUAGCCAAGGUAUUGAAUUAGCCUGCCAAAAAGAAAAAGAAUUUGUGAAGCACUCUGUAGAAUGCACGUGGAAUCUAGCAGAAGCCCAGCAAAAGCUCGGUAGUUUAGCACUGCAUAAUUCAGAAUCCGUGGAUCAGGAAUAUGCCCAAGCAAAGACUGAAGUUUCAGAAUUGAGAUGGAGAGAGGAAGAGUGGAGAAGAAAAGAAGAAGCACUAAACCAGAGGGAAGGACAGAAUCUAUGGAACACAGAUCCUGUUAGUAAGGAGGUAUUUAAUAAGAGUUUUAUUAAUCAAAAAAGAAAAGAAAUAGAAGAUGAAGAUGCAUCUGAAUCAUUUAUGCAGAAACAUGAACAAAAGAUUAAACACUUUGGUAUGCUGAGCAGAUGGGACGAUAGUCAAAGAUUUUUGUCUGACCACCCGUAUCUUGUAUGUGAAGAAACAUCUAAAUAUCUUAUGUUAUGGUGUUUUCAUCUAGAAGCUGAACAGAAAAGAGCUCUGAUGGAACAAGUAGCACACCAAGCAGUUGUAAUGCAGUUUAUUAUAGAAAUUGCCAAAAGUUGUAAUGUAGAUCCAAGAGGCUGUUUUCGCCUUUUUUUCCAAAAAGCCAAAACAGGAGAAGGCUAUUUUCAAGCUUUUAAAAGUGAACUUGAAGCAUUCAAAACAAGAGUGAGAAUCUGGUCACAAUCACAUGGCUUUCAAACUAUGUUACAACAGGAUCCCAGUGUCUGUCCUGGUUUUGUAGGAGAGCUCGCAUCUUUGUCACAGAAUGCAGGUGGUCUACAAGAUUCCAUAAAUACAAAUAUCUGCAGUUUAAAUUCUGUGAUACAAAGAGAUGAGGAAGAAUCCAAAAUGAUGGACACUGUAUAGUACUGUUAAGACUGAGGCCAAGUACUCUUUUUUUUUUUUUUUUUUUUUU